AAACAGGUGAAAAUAUGCGUGAUCAUCCAGCGGUGCCAAAUGUGUUUCGUGUUGCCUCAUCGCACAGCAUCAAUAGCAUGGGCGCUGCUGCCACGCCCGGCAGUAAUAAUAUGCAGCAGCAGCAGCAUUUGAAAAUGGGCCCCAAUAUCAAGUAUGUGAAAAGCAACAGCUAUGAGCAGCAGCAAGUAGCACAGUUGGACCCACAACCGCAACAUCAGCUUGCUAAGCAUCAGCUAACCACCAGCGCAUCCAUUGAGCAGACGCAUCAAUUGAUGCAGCAACAGCAAUCGCCGUACGCAACGUUGCCCCGCGGCGGUCUGCGACGCACGCAACAAGAACAACAGCAGCAGCAGACACAGCAGGAUUCGCACAAGCACCUGCAGACAGGCGUCAUCAAUACGAUUUCUGGCAGCAUUCCAGCGACGGGCUUUCAGUCGCUAGCUGGCAGCUUCAGCGAUUUGCAGCUCAACAAUUUGAGUCGCAACAACAACAUCUGCCCGACCAGCAGCAGCAGCAAUAAUGACAAACGACAGCAACAGCAGCACCCACCACACCAGCACCGUCAAGUCUACUGCAAACCUGUCGAACAGCAGUGGGCAUCACCGUCGCCUGAAGGUGCUGGUACCGCUCUGGAAGCCCAGCCUGGAUUCACGAGCAUGUCCAGCGUCAGAGACGGUUACCUGUGGCUACUGACACCUGUUGCGGCCAG